UGUUUUGGAUCCAAUGCCACUUGGGAUCCAACGAUACCAUUGGAGAGAAAAAAUUCACAAUCCGGGUCUUGGAGGAAAUGGUUAAUAAGGCAGAUUAGGUUUUGUAAUUUUCUAAUCAAUGGUUUCUAAUUAUGUCCAAAAAAAAAAGAGAGAUAAAAACUGUCUUAUUCUGUGAGUUUCUUUAUCAUGGUUAUUUUUCUAUUGGAGGUUGUUUGUUUCCAACGCAAACAAAUUACAAAUUAAGAAGGGAAAGAAAAAAGAGAGUCAUUGAAGGUAGAUUUGCAGUCACAAGCACAUAUAUCUGGCAUCUCCAAAAAGCAGGGGUUGCUAGGAUCUUGUCAGAGAGAAUCAAACAAGGUAUCAGAAAAGAUUCUCGAUAUUUGUUAGUCUGAUCUGAAGAACACACCAGAAGGUGAAUGACCAACUGGGUCUUCUUUAAAAGGAGGUGUUUGUGGUCUUGAAUUUGUAUCUAUGGUUAGUGAGAUGGAGUUGUUUCCAAACGUUCUUUGUGGGUGGAGUUGGGAAGAGAACAAGCUGUUUGAGCUGGCUUUGGCAGUGGUUGAUGAACAAGACCCAGAUCGAUGGGAAGUUGUUGCAUCCAUGGUUGGAGGGGAGAAGAGUGCAGAGGAUAUGCAGAAACAUUAUGUGAUUCUUCUCAAGGAUUUGCAGUGUAUAGAGUCUGGUCAAUUUGAUCAUCAGAUUGGAGAAGCUGAAGCUCAGUCUUGUACUCUUCAUGUUGACUGUCUCCAAUCAGUAUGUUGGACUGAUGAAGAUCAAAAUUCACUGGUAGAGUUGACCAUAAAUUGAUUGGCAAGGCAAUUGGGUAUUCAUCAAGGCAGAAAAAAAGUCCUCCUUGGAAGAUUAUGCCUCAUAAAAACAUGGGUGAGAACCAAAUUGUGAAGGUAAUUGAAUCAAUUUCAAUUCUCUGUAUAGAAUUUGUUCUCUACUGUGAAACAGAAGUUGUCAAUGUAGUACACUUCUUCUUCUUCAGCCUCUGCUAAUGCAUGUUAGUCUGGAAUCUUGCUUGCUUGUAAUUGCUUUACUAAAUCUGCUUUAGAAGUUCAGAAUCUCUUAUUUAUAGAGUUCUGCUUCAUAUGAUUAAUUAUGGACUUUUGCUAAGGCUUUCUGUUGAACUGAACAUUUGAUGGAGGGAUCAAAACCACAUUCCAACGUUGAAA